UUAUUAUGAACAAAUGAUAUGUUUUCAGAGGAGCCAUGUCACUACUAACGACCGGGACAAUAUGGCAAGGGAUCCGCUUAAAGCCAAACAAACGUUGAACAACUACAGUUGAUGUUGUCACUAUCUGAAAUGAAUGUCAGCAUAUUAAACUUCUGAGGGAACAGAAGAGAGUGUCAACUUAAAGAUAAACAAUUCCGUUAACAGAAUGAAAACUUAAAACUUUUGUUAGCCCGAUCCAUCGUGGGUUCACCCUAAUGGACGGUUAUGAUUAACGGAUGGAGGUGGACUUUGAUAAUAGUGACUGGUGAAAUGAUAUCUCGGUGUGAAAACUUGUAAAAACGCAUCUUUUUAUGAUAAACAAAGUAGCAAGCUACAAAGUCGUAGUCGUAUCAAUCAUAUACGCUAAUUAUUCUAACCUUCAAAAGAGUAUAUUUAUAUUAAUAUAAAAUAAGUUAUACGUGUAUAUCUAAAAAAACAAGAAAUAGAUUAAUAGUGUAAUACUAAUAUAUCUUGUUAAACUUAGCUCUAUGUUCAUGACAACUUCAAACCCCAAGAAAAAAUUACAAUAUAUAAUUUUAUUGGUAAUUCAAAUGAAAAUGAUAGGCAAUAAAAACACAAUCACAUACUUAUAUACAUGUAAAAGGUCUAUAAAUACAUACAUUCAGAACGUACGGCAACAACUCUUCGAACACUCAUACAUAAUCACUUUGGUCCGCCGCUUUCUUCCUUUCUCCCUCCUCAACCACCUCUUUUCUCUUUAUAAAAAUCAACGGUUCUCCAAAUUUCUCAGUGGUUCGAGACAUAUCAUAAAAGAAUGUUGCAGCACCAAGAACUCGCUCUUCUAAGAAGCUUCAGCUGCAACACAAGAAAGAUCAGCCCAGAGACCUCUCCGGCGCGUAGGUUACACGCCCGUUCUCGUUCUUCCUCCUCCUCCUCCUCCUUGAUCCCACCCAUCCCUGAGCAUGAACUCUUCCUCGUACCUUUCCACAGCGUCACCUCCUCCUCACGUGCCAUCAUCAACCUCGUUAACCUACCGCCAUCUCCUUCCUCCUCCGGUGUUUCUAACCAGCUGAUCACCGGAAAAUCCUCUUCCCUCGGGAGAAGGGUCACCGGGACUUUGUACGGACACAGAAGAGGCCACGUCACGUUUUCAGUCCAGGACGGUCCGAGAGCCGAACCCGUGUUUCUCUUAGACCUAGCCAUGUCAACGGAAACUCUAGGCAAAGAGAUGUCGUCAGGGCUCGUCAGGAUCGCGUUGGAGUGCGAGAGGCGUCACCGUUCGGGGAUGACUAAGCUUUUCCACGAGCCCAAGUGGACCAUGUAUUGCAACGGCAGGAAGUACGGUUCCGCGGUGUCGCGUUUCGGAGCGUGCACCGAGAUGGAUUUGCGCGUGCUGAAUACCGUGUCGAGUGUAACGGUUGGAGCCGGAGUUAUUCCGACGGCGAAUGACGUGUCCGGUGGUGGAACGGAGCUUGGGGAGUUGUUGUAUAUGAGAGGUACAUUUGAACGGGUCGUGGGGGGUCGUGACUCGGAGGCGUUUUACAUGAUGAACCCUGACGAAAACGAUGGUCCCGAGCUCAGUAUUUUUCUUCUUCGAUUAUGAAAAAAUGAUUUUUCUUAAGAGAGAGAGUUACUUGACUUUUAAAAUUAUUUGAAAAUGUCUUAAUUAACUUGUUAUUAUAUAGUGAAUGAUUGCAAUGUUAUUAUAUAGGUUAGUUUCUAAUCUCUUGCUUAUCAGAUGUGGUGUUUUUGUUGUUGUUGUUUUUAAUUACAGCAAUUUUCUGUAUUUUGGUUUUUGUUAAAUUGAAGAAAUAAAGGAUGAGUUUAAGCAAAAAAAAAAUAACAAGAAGAAGGAUGUAAUCAUUAGUAUUUGUUGCUUUUAUAUGCAAGGCAUGAUGACCCCCACAUGAAUAGACAAAAUAUUUGUGAAUAAGUUACUGUAAAUCUUAUUUAUCCAUAGAUAGGUGGAAUUUUCGGGAGACGUUUCUUGUUGUGUGGCUCAAAGUUUUAACUCUAUAUUAGGUUUCAUGUAAUGUGUUUUGAUGGAUUCGGCUCUGCUAUUCUGAUACUAUAACAGAGAGAUGAGUGCAGACUUUAUUGACCUGCUUAAUGAGACUAAUGGGUUUCUAGCUUUGAGCUAAAUGUUGUUUCGAAUUUUCAGUAUGCAUUAUUUGGUCAGUAGAUUAGAUGUAUCAGUCAAACUCAAAUAAGGCUGCCAGUCUAUAACCCAGAGUCUCAUCCAUUGUAUUAGACUAUGGGAAAAAGUCAGAGCUGUUUCUGUUACUUUUUUGUUGUUGUAAACUAUUCUGUUACUUUUUCACUGUCCGUUUUAAGUAGUUCAUGUGAAUGUCAAUCUACUCUAUAGCCAAAUCUUUAGAUGUUCCAAAUGUGUUCUUCUCUCCACAGAUAGAUACACGGGAACGCUAUACCAUGAGUUUUAGCCAUAUGAUUAUGAUUAUCCCUUUCUUUAUAAGUUCAUAACAUUUCAACAAAAAAAAUGUGUUUGUGAUCGUAGAGUAUAUAUGAUUGCUGGGAGAUGGAACAAGGAGAUAAUGUUUCACGACACAUUGUUUCAAGGAUGCAACUAUUUGACUGCGUACUGAAGACAAAUUAAAUGUAGUAUGCAUUUAGGAUAAUUAAUGACCAACCUAAUACGUUGUAGUCCUAUUAUUCUCCUGUUAUUUUUAGUCAAAGUUGUCGAGGAAAAAAAAAACAAAACUGAUACAUGGGCCACGAAAUAUUUUAGGUUAGGCCGAAUAAUAACUAGGACGGCUCUGUUGAUUGUAGAGAUUAAAGGCUUUCUUUGGAUCAGUGAGGGAUCCACAGUCCGAACACAAACAUGAAACAUGGAGCUGCAAUGAUUCACUUCCUUUUCUUGAAACCUAAAAGUGUUUUUAUUCAGAUAGUUCCCUUAGGGACUGAUUGGGCGGCCGAGACGUACUAUGGCGAGCCAGCAAAGAAGCUAGGGUUGAAGUAUAUUGGUUACAAGAUUAUGCCGCAAGAAAGCUCUUUAUACGAUGAUUAUGGUAAAGAUGAUCCUGUCAUCAGAGAUCCGGAUAGUCUCAACGAUAAAGGAUGGGAAUAUACUAAGAAAAUCUAUUUGCAAGGACAGAUCGUGAAGCUUGAUUUGAGAAGAUUUAGAAAAUCUAUUAGCUCGUUCUUAUGAUUUCUCUAUUAGAAGGAGAGUUAGAGAGGAAGUUCCUCAUUUGUUUGUUUCGUAAGAGUAAGAAGAAAGUAUAACAUUCUUUUGUAAAGUUUUUUAAAACAUUUAAUUCAAAUUUUUUAUAGGUAUUUGGUGUAUUGACAUAUUAUUUUUUUACUUAUCAUCAUAUGAUAUAAUUGGUUUCUUUGUCACCUGAACAGACAAAAUUUAUUUUGUUAAAUUGUUUUGGUUUUUGUGUGUGUUUGUUUAAUAGUUAUUUUGUGAAGGAGUUACUGUAAGCGUAAAUGUAAAUUUACUCUAUUUUAGGUUUCUGUAUGUGUUUUGGUGGAUUCAGCUCUGCUAAUAUGAUACUAAUCGACAUGCUUAAUGGGACUAAUCGGUUUCUAGCUUUGAGCUAAAUGUUGUUUCAAUUUUUUAGUAUGCAUUAUUUGGUCUAGAGAUUGGAGGUAUCAAUCAAACUCAAUAAGGCAGUCUAAAACUUAAGUCUCUGUGGUUGUGGUUGUGGAUGUCAGUCUACCCUGUAGCCAAAUCUUCAGAUGUUCUCACAGUGUUCUUCUCCACAAGUAGAUAGAUAUACACAGGAACCCUAUACCAUGAGUUCUAGCCAUAUGUUUUAUGAGUAUCCCUUUCCUUUUAAGUUCACAACCUUUCAUCCCAAAAAAAGAAUAAAUGUUGUGUGUGUACGUAGAGUAUUGAUGGGCCAUAAUAAUUUUAGGUUAGCCCAAAUAAUUAGGGCCAACUCUAAUAGAUUGGAGGGAGGGAUUAAACGCUUCUUUGGGUGCAGCGGGGGAUCCACAGACCGAACACAAACAUGUUGUAUAGUCCGAGAAGGUAGUAGAUUACUCCAUUGAUAUAUAGAUAUUUUUUUUUCUUUUUUGGUAAACUGAUAUAUAUUCGUUGAUAAAUAUGGGUACAAAGUAGGAUUGACAAACUCCAAAUGAAAGAAACAUGUGUCCGAUGAUUAGCGGUUGUUAUAUAGUUAAUUAGGUCAACAAUAUAUUACAUCAACAUCAUAAACGAGGAACCAUAUCUUGUGUUUGGAACCGCCCAAAGAUCAUAUUAAUCCCCCUUUACAAUUGAUCUCUUUUAUAUAAUCAGAUUCAACUAUAUAGUACUUUUAGCUUAGGAUGGUUAUGGUGAUAAUUUUAUUAAUUGAUUUUUAUAAUGAACGAAAGGUUACAUGCAUGUUUAUGGGUUCAUUGUAGCCUCACACUUGUACACCUAAAAUAUAAACAAAUAAACAUGCGUAUAUAUCUGCCCUUUUUAUUAUUUUCUGAUAAGAAUUAUUGUGGUUCUAUAAAAUAAAUUUAUCAUUUUCUAUUUUUACGACUGCUCAAGGUCCAUCUAAAAUAUACAAGGAAAACUAAUAACCUUUCGAGAUAUAUAUUAAUUAUCUUAUGAUUUUAGUUAACUACAUGACCAGAGGGUUUGUCUUUGUGGUGUUAUAAUAUUAUCUUAUAAUACAAAACUAUAUAAGUAUCUCACUAAUAUAAUAGUAGGGCCGUUCAAUAUGGCAAAACCGAACCGUACCGAACCGAACCAAACCGAAAUAGAUAAUGUGGUUUGGAUUUG